CGACAUAUCCAGUGGACCCGUGGAUAAUCCACCUGCAGCAGCAAUUUUCAACAAUGACAACCAUCGAGGAGGUGACGGCACGUCUCGCGGCCGCGCAGAAGCGCCUGGACGCGCUGGAGCGCUCGCUAGAUGACCACGAGGGGGUGAAGCGCGUGAAGAAACAUCUCCAGCGCGAGAAACUGGCCAGCGCCGCACUCAAGACGGCGCCCAGCGACUAUUACUCUUGGACGCUCGACCGAAGAGCGAAAUUCUUGGGAUGCGACGUUCCGCACUUGUGCAAGAGUAUCAUCGUGGAAAACGUGGCGUGCAUCAACAGCGGCAUCGAGGAUCCGCUCAACAGCCGUUACUACUGUGUAGUGCUGCAAUACAACUCGAAGCUGGAUGCCGAGCAGCUCCGCCGCUUUGUGCGUGAGAGUAUCCCCGAGGCGGACCGUCCGCCCAAGAAGAAAUUCAACUUCCAACACGCUCCCGGAGAGGCGUCGGAGGAGCUGACGGGCUUUGGCCACAACGGAGUUUCCACGUUCGGCAUGAAGACGUUCAUUCCGGUAUUUGGGUUUUCUGUGCUUUGGAAUAAUUUUCGUUUGCCUAAUGCACGCUUCUAUUUGGCGUUAGGUGGUCGUGGCUGGGGCUAUUACUGAGCUGAAGCCGUCAUUUCUCUGGCUUGGCGGGGGUGCGGAAUCUGUGAAGCUCCGCAUCAGCGUGCAAGAUCUGGUGAAGGCUUUGGGAGCACGCGUGGCUGACGGCAUCACGACCCUCCGAACGGACCUAGACAACGAGUGAAUGUCUACUCUGCUCCAGUUCAACUUUUAGAGAUCAAUAUGGGUCAAGUUGAAUGAAGAGCUCACUGUGAAAAAAAUACAAGGCACUCCUUUUUGAAUGAGAACAAUAGUUUUACGUCUCCAC